UACAGGUAGGCACUUGAAGUCCUCCAGCUUCAAUAGCUAUGAUAGGUUUUCUGAUAUCAUCACAACCUAUCCACCUUCAACCUCAGCAGAUCCUGUUCCAGAAUCUCAGCCUUCCGUUGCUGCAGUUCCCCUACGUCCCAAUUCGACCAUAAGAAUCUCCCCUUUGUGAACCCAGCCUCGUCGCUCGCAAGCCAUACGGCAAAGUAUGCUGGCAGAUUAACUGGAAAAAAGGAGCUGUUAGCAUCAGGACACGGUCGGAAAUUGUCAGUACCAACCAUUGUCGAUCGAAUACUCCAGUGUCCCCGACUUCGCCGCCAUUGGCGAUACCACAAGGCCAGGAUGGAUAUUCACCACCCGCAACCAUGGCUCUUCCUGCUGCAGAACCUCCAUGGCUCGUGUCAUGGCCAUUUUGGCACUGCUGUAAGCACUUUGCUUGUUGACAUAACCCUGUUCGGUUUUGCUUGAGGGGUCCUGGGCCGCUCUUCGCACGAACUCUUGCGUGACAAUGAAACUGCCCUUGACGUUGAUUUCGAAGCUCUUCCACCACUCAUCAAUGUCGGCAUCUCGAUAAAGCUCGGGGGAAGGUUGGUACCCGGCGUUAUUGACCAGGACGUUCACCUUGCCCAAGUUCGACUCGAUCGAGGAGAAGGCCUCUGUGAUUGCGGGCUGGUUCCUGAUAUCGACGGGGAAUAAGUGAAGGUUGGUGGAUUUGCAUCCUGAAUCCUGCUCGAUUUCUGCUUUCGCCCUUUGCAGGCUCUCGCGGUCGAGAUCUAGCAUCGCUACAUAUUGGGCUCCAGCGCGGGCAAAUGCUAUGCAAGUCGCCUUGCCAAUCCGACCUGCUGCGCCGGUGACAAUAACGACUUUUCCAGCUGCUGACAGUUCUGGUCUUGUUGGUGAUAUGGCUGGGUAAGCGUCCCGAUGGAACGUUCUUGUAAAGGACGGUAAAUUAGCCAUUUUACAAGAUCCCCUUUGCGUCGUUAUAAGCCUAACAAUGAAUGGCCCGUGAGAGACAUCAGGACUGUUUCUGAUAUGCAGGAUGAAGGCCCUUUUAAGGUUUCCACUCGCUUCAUCUAUUACCAGUCUAAACGUGGAACCGAGAACGGUCAACAUGCAUGCCAUUGAGGUGAACGCAUUGCAUCACAAUUCUGUUGAACAACGGGGUAUGCUGCAACCCCAGCUUAUGCCCUGUUUAACAUGGUACGCCGCAUCUCCGGGGUCGUUGAAUGCCGUCCCUUUCCGGCCUUCUGGUCGCCGAAUGCACUCCCCAAACACCAUCUAACCAGAAUGAAGAUCUUCCAGUUCUCACUCCGUGGACUUCACGCUCUCGUCACCGGUGGAAAUCAAGGCAUAGGGCUGGCUCUGGCGACUGGCCUGGCUCGAGCCGGAGCGGACGUGGCAGUCUUUGACAUAUCGCCACCCUCGCCUGAGUUCGAAAGCAUCUCCACCUCCUAUGGCGUACGCACGGCGUAUCGGAAGGUUGACGUCUCGUCUGUUGCUACCCUGAAACAUGCCUUUGAAGAUACAGUCCAACCGUUCUGUGGCGAUGGCGGGCUAGACAUUUGCAUCGCGGCCGCAGGGAUUAACCAAGUCAAGGACUUCCUCGCAACCGAAGAAACCGACUUUGACGAGUUGUUGAACGUCAACGUCAAAGGCGUGUAUUUCACCUGCCAACUAGCUGCGCAGGCAAUGCUAGGAUCCGACCCCGACCAGGGUGAGACAAAGAACACCUUAAGCAAUGGGAAUGGGAACGAGAACAAAAGCAGGAGCAUUAUUGUCAUAGCCAGCACAGCAUCCUACGUUGCGGUUCGGACGCACAAUUCAAGCGUGUACGCCAUGACCAAGUCCGCUGUCCGAGGAAUGGUGCCCGAAAUAGCAAAGGAACUAGGACCAAGAAGGAUCAGAAUCAACUCGGUCAGCCCUGGUUACACGUUGACGAAGAUGACAGAGGGAUAUCCGGAUCUUAUCAAGCAGUGGCAAACCGACACCAUGUUGGGGUUCAUUGGCGUGCCAGAAGACUACGUUGGUGUGUCCCUCUUUCUGGCCAGCAACGCAAGCAGAUAUGUGACCGGGCAGGAUUUCUUGGUCGACGGGGGAGCGACGAAAUGGUGAGCCGUGGCCAACAAAUUCAACGGGUCAGAAUCACCAGGUGACGAAAAUGUGUUGGGUUAAUGAGUAGUACGCGGUGGAAGAUCAAUCUUGUGUUAAAGCAAGCGAACUAUACAGAUUCAGUCACUCUGUGCAAGAGACUGAUGCGUCUUCAUGGGUCUAUGCAUUGUUUCUAUGGCGGACAAAGUAAAGUCAGACUAGGCCUGCCAACUCAGCAUCGGCGCCUGAUGCCCGAGCA